UCAUCAUCAUCAUCAUCAUCCUCUCUUUCUCUCUCCCGCGCGCGCGCCUACCUUCCCUUCCCAAGAGAGCAAGCAGAGGAGAGGAGCCGCCUAUAUAAAUCCGCCCGCCCUUUCCUCCGCCCAAUCUAGCCCGCACACGCGACGCCACACCCACACGUGAGCCAAGCAAAAGCAAGGCGGACAGACGUUCACACCACCAUCAAAGAAAGAUCGGCCAUGGGGAGAUCGCCGUGCUGCGAGAAGGCGCACACCAACAAGGGCGCGUGGACGAGGGAGGAGGACGAGCGGCUGGUGGCCCACGUCCGGGCGCACGGGGAGGGCUGCUGGCGCUCGCUGCCCAGCGCCGCCGGCCUGCUGCGCUGCGGCAAGAGCUGCCGCCUCAGGUGGAUCAACUACCUCCGCCCCGACCUCAAGCGCGGCAACUUCAGCCGCGACGAGGACGAGCUCAUCGUCAAGCUCCAUAGCCUCCUCGGCAACAAGUGGUCGCUCAUCGCCGCGCGCCUGCCCGGGAGGACGGACAACGAGAUCAAGAACUACUGGAACACGCACAUCCGGAGGAAGCUGCUGGGCAGGGGGAUCGACCCGGUCACGCACCGCCCCCUCACCGACGCCGCCACCGUCUCCUUCGUCCAUCCUGCAGAGGCGACCAAGCAACAGGCGACGGAGGAGAGGAAGCCGCCCAGAUGCCCGGACCUCAACCUGGACCUCUGCAUCAGCCUGCCGUUCCAACAGGAGGAGGAACGGCCGCCGGCGAGAGCGUGCGCCAAGCCGGUGAAGAUGGAGCAGCUGCAGCAGGGCGGCAUCUGCUUCCGCUGCAGCAUCCUCAGAGUGAGAGGAGCGGCGACGGAGUGCAGCUGCGGCAGCAACUUCCUGGGCCUCAGGGCCGGCAUGCUCGACUUCAGAGGCCUCGAGAUGAAAUAGAAAUUUGGGAAUAAUUAUUCGAUCAAACUUUCUGCUGUAAAUUGUUGCUCCCUCCUACCAAGUUUUUAUUUAGCUCUUAGGAAAAGAAAUACUCCUACAGUACUAGUAGAUGGUGAGGAGGAGACUGGUAUGGUAUUAUUAGGUGAGGAUUUGUAGCGAUAUCCUCCCUGCCCUCCUCGAUCUGCUCAGUUUCUUGUAAAUUAUUACUGCUCCACUGAUGAAAUGGAACGGAAUGAAAUAAUACAGUACGAUACUUAAUUCA